AUGGAAGACGAUUUAUCAUAUUUCACGAAUCUUUGCGGCUUAGUGAACACAAAACUCAAUGCUGAUAUGAAUGAUGAGACAAAUGAUGCUCAGACUCAGAAGAGACGUCCAAAACAAGACGAAAAUGAAGAUAAUCCAGAAGCUGCCGAAAAAGAUUCAGAAAAUUACAAGAAAAAGGGCAAAUUCAAUAAUAAAUUCGAUAAGAAGAACGAUAAUAAGAAGUUCCAGCGUAAUGAUAGAGGUGAUAAACAGUUUGAUCGCAAGCCAAAAGGAGAUAAAGGUGAUAGACAGUUUGAUCGUAAGCAAACAAGACAAAAUAAGCACUAA